AUGUCAGAAGAGACUCCUAACCCAACUCCAGAACCAGAGUUGGUAAAGAUUUCCAUCUUCACGCCGUUGAUAUACGUGGGAGUAGUAUUGUCCGUAUUCGUUGUGUUUUCGAUUUUCUACAGAAGACGCAGACUUGCAAAAUUCCAACAAAUUGAACCCAUUUUCAAAGAGAACCACAAUGCUAUCAUAUAUCAACAGUUAAAGUCUCAGUAUGUGGACCCGGAUUUGCCAAAGGAUCAGAAACCGCACAAGAAAGUGAUGAAGGCGGCUUUACUACGUAGAGGCGUUGAGGCUAUCAGAAGAAGCAUGAAGUUGAAGGAAAACGAGCCUGUUUUUAAUAAAUUGUAUCAAAAUGGACUGAUAGGUGAUGACAUGUUCAAACAAUUGGAGUUUGAGAUUAAGUUUCAGGAAUUGGAAUUGAGGGAGAUUGUUACGGAAACGGAACAGUAUAAGAAGGGUUGGUCGCAAACAUUCUUUCCCUUGGCUCAGGAAAUAUGUUUUAAUGAAGCGUUGAGAAGAAGAUUGAAUGCCGUUGAUGAUAGAUCAGGAAAAUUGUCCGAGCUCUGGGGUUUAUAG